AUGCAAUGGUCAUUUUCGAUCGGCACGGUGGCGGGCAGCCAGAUCCGCAUCCAUGUGACCUUCUUUCUUCUGCUGGCCUGGGUGGCGCUGGUCUACAUGCAGGAGGGCGGUGCGUCGGCGGCCAUUGAGGGCGUUCUGUUCAUCUCGGCGAUUUUCGCGUGCGUCGUGCUGCAUGAACUUGGCCAUGCGCUUGCCGCGCGGCGCUACGGCAUCAAGACGCCGACCAUCACGCUACUGCCGAUCGGCGGCGUCGCCUCGCUCGAGCGGAUGCCCGAAGACCCGCGCAAGGAGAUCGUCGUCGCGCUGGCCGGACCGCUGGUCAAUGUCAUCAUCGCGUUCGUGCUGAUCGUCUUUCUGGGCGCCGGGUUGGAUCUGUCGACAGCGGCAGCGCUGGAAGACCCGGCCGCCGGCUUUCUGGCCCGGCUCGCCGCCAUCAAUGUGAUCCUUGUGCUGUUCAACCUGAUCCCGGCCUUUCCGAUGGAUGGCGGGCGGGUUCUGCGCGCACUUCUUGCCACCCGCUAUUCGCGUGUGCGCGCCACCGAGAUGGCCGCCCGUGUCGGCCAAGCCGCGGCUUUCGUCUUCGGCUUUCUGGGCCUGAUGAGCGGCAAUCCGCUGCUCGUCUUCGUUGCGAUCUUCGUCUACAUCGCCGCCGCCGGCGAAGCGCAGGCCACCGGCAUGCAGGACAUUGCCCGUUCGCUGCGGGUGCGCGAUGCGAUGAUCACGAGUUACGAAGCGCUCGGGCCGGGUGCGACGCUCGGCGAGGCGGCCGAACUGCUGCUCAAGACGACCCAGCACGAGUUUCCCGUUCUCGACACGAACGGCACGAUGACCGGCGUCCUGCUGCGGCGCGAUCUCGUCGCCGGCCUCGAACAGGCCGGGCGCGACGGGCUCGUCGACGGGUUUGUCAAUCGCGACGUUCCGGCCAUCGCCGAGACCGAAGGGCUGGAGACGGCGCGCGAUCUCAUCCAGCAAAAGGGCAAGCCGGCGGUUGCCGUGCGCGGCCGCGACGGCAUGCUCGUCGGCUAUGUCACGAUGGAAAAUCUGGCCGAACUGAUGCUCAUCCGCACGGCGGUCGAUCACGCGGAGUGA